AUGGCUUCAGUGAAAUUAAAUGCACUAGAAAAAAAGGACUUGGACAAAUUCAUCAAGUUUUUAGCACUAAAAGCAGCACAAAUUAUAGUACAAUCAAGAUUAGGAGAAAAAAUUCAAACACAAUGCAAAUCUCAUUUAUCUGGCACCGAUUGGGUAAUUUAUGACGUAAUAGAGUUAGUUAGUAUUAUUUAUAAAUUUUUUAACGGGGACAUACAUUCAUUACAAACGGUUGAUUUUAAUGAUGUAAAUUUAAGAGAGAGAGAGAGAGAAAAGAAAAAAAACCAAUUUCGUAAUUGUGUUUUACCCGAACAAUGCGACCCCAGAAUGACUUACGCAGUGUACAAUAGAAUGGGAAUUUUGUUAAAAUCAUUGGUUUCAGUUACUAGGGUUACGCCAGCGUAUAAAUUAUCCAGGAGGCAAAGUCCGGAUUCGUAUGUGAUUUGUUAUAGGAUAUACAGGGGAGAACCUCAAUUGCACAGUUUAGGUGAAGGUUAUAAGCAAGUGAGGGUCGGACAGCUUUGCACUCCGAUAGGUACGAUACACAUUUCCGUAUCGUACAGGACGAAAAUGACGAUAUCUCCUCAGGCGACGGGACGAGAUAAUUCGAUUAUAUUGAAAAGCGAUCAUUUCAGACCGGAUUUCAGUCCGAAACAUUGCGAUACUCAAACAAACGAUGAAUUGAAUGCAUCAUCGGUGAGCGAAACAAUGAAGGUCGGAGCUUUCGCGAAUCGUCAAGAAGUUUUAGAUGAUUUAAUAAUGCCGGAUGCUCCGUUUAGUAGUUUAUUAGCAACGAGACAACAUCAUCAACCUCCUUCCCCGCAAAAUUGUAAUUUCCAACAGAGUAACAAUUUAACAAGGGGAAACAGCCUUUCGGAUUUGGAUUCGGAUGCCGACGGAAACGGAAAUCUAACUCCGAGGAUAAGGUCGAGAGCGGAUUCGAGAUCGAGUUGUUCGAUAGCAUCGAAUGCAGACGAUUUUAUCAUGGUAGACUUGAAAACUCCGUUCGCGAACACGAAUGCGAACACGGAUUUGGGUACUUUUUACCGCGAGUGCCAAACAGCUCCUCCUCUUCAAACGUUCAACGAUCAACCCACACUCGGGGAGACGGUGGAUGAUUUAACGAAACAACUUCAAGCCUUCGAACUAUCCGUUCCUAAAUACGAACAAUUAUUGUUGUCGCUUUGCAACGCAGACAACAACAAUUGA